AUGUCCGUUUGCGUCGAACAGUCCUACCCUCCAGCCGACGACGACGCCAACGUCACGAGUAAAGUCCCCCGAGACCGUGGUCACCCUUCCGCUAUCGAAACAAGACAGUCGCGAGACGACUACAAUGCCAGCGCCAACGCUACCCAAGAGUUGACCUCGAUUAUGACCGCCUCCGCCUCUAUCCUGACCACCAUCCUCAACACCGCAUCCAAUCCAGUCUCUCCCGGCCCCUCCAGUCCUCCUCUUGAACAGGCCAAGAGCAAUGAUUUCGUGCCCCCGACGCGCCCGAGUAGCACUCCCUUUUUACAUCCCGAUCAACGGAACUCGGAUUGCUGCACUCCCAUGGCCGAAGACGCCGAUGCGUACGGAGGCCCGGGCAUCACCACUCCUCCCUACUCCCUCGACGCCCCCGACGCCUCACCCACCCUGAACCUCAACGACCUUCCUGCUGAGAUCCACGAAUGCAUCCUCGAUCAUCUGUUCGGCUACCGAGUCUCCACCUCAUCCAAGAGUUCUGUUGGCAUGCAGAGCGUGACCAAGAGUUGGGGGACCGCCCUGCGCCAUUCUCGUCGGAGGGAGUUGUCCGAGCUUGCCCUCGUGAGUCCCGUAUGGCGGAUCCUGAUCCAGGAGCGUCUCUAUCGUCACAUCAAGAUCAAGGCGACGAUCGAAUCGCUCGAGCUGGCCAUGGCAUACUUUAGCGAGCACAAUCACCUCCGCCGCUACGUCAAGCAUAUCGAGAUAUGGUUCCCCGUCUUUCAGCCCAAAUACGGUCCUUUGGCCCUAAGCACCACCCUAGCUCUUCCCACCGUGACCAUGGACGGCCUGACCAACGCGACCUACACCCUACCCGCCAACAACUGCAGUCUCGAAGAGGCCUUCACCUUUGUCUCUCUUGCUCUGCCCGACGUCUGCGUGCUCACCGUUGAAGGCGGCGAGAGGAAGAAGGCGCCCAAGGUGCAGCAUAGCUGGAACAAGCGCCCCGCAUGCUGGCAUCUGCCCACUCUGGAGUCGGUACGCACCCUGGUCACCAAGGGACAGUGGAAUUUGAUGCGCGACGACUCAGACUUUGCAGCCGUCCUAGGAGCCCUGCCAAACCUCAACGAGUGGCACGGUUCCUACAGCAAGCCCAAGUCUAAGAGCUACUUGAGCAUGGCUAGCAUUCUCCCCAAACUGCCCACGAACCUCACCUAUCUUAACCUCUGCCUCGAGAGCGAUUACCGGCGCGAACUCAACUGCCCGCCGUUCUACAUUAAGGUUUCCAACCAAGUCCACUUCUGCACGAGGCUGGCCGAGGCGACCCCCGCCCUCGAACACUUGGCCUACACUGGCCGCGUCUGCAAAAACUUCUUCAACAUGGCCGCCAUCCGAUCCGAUCCGAGAACGACCCGUCUCAAGACGAUCGACCUCACGGUCAAAAACUGUUGCCGCCCAGUGCCACAAUUUCACGACUCGGGAAGUGGUAUUCAGGACAUGAACUUUAUCCACUCGUUCGAAAUGCUUGUCCUGGCUGGUAUCCAUUCCAUGUCGACCCUCAAGGCUUUGGACUACUUGCGGAUUCGCUUUGUGGACUUGGACUCUCCUGUCCCUCCUCUGAAUCCGUACUUUGUCUUGAGAGACGGCUGGUGCUCUGGUGUUUGGAGCGAUAACAUUCUAGCAGAGCUAAAUCGGGUCCGGCCUAACGCAAAGUUUGAGCAGUUGAGCGAGUCAUUUGGGGAAGUCGGAUACAACAAGGACGGGCGCAUGAUAAUUAGUCCUGAUUAUCCUCGCUCUCGGGUACUAUCUCUGAAGCUGGCCAACUACGCACUUUUGGCAGGAAGUGUCGCCGCCCUCCCUUGA